AUGUCUGACACACACGAACCAAUAUCAGUCCUUGGCCUCGGACACAUGGGGGUUGGUCUUGCUUCCGCGUUGCUUGACAAGGGCUAUCCGGUGACCGUCUGGAAUCGUACAAUUGCAAAGGCGCAAUCACUUGUUCCAAAGGGUGCCAGAGUAGCCGAAUCUCCAGCCGAUUGUGUGCAGUCUGGCACUAUCGUGAUAAUCUCUCUGGCCUCUGAUGAGGCCGUUCGAAGCGUUCUCAGUGGGAUCUCCAACCUCAGUGACCGCACCGUUCUCAACUUCACAACGAGCCGGCCGCAUUGGGAGAUCGAAACGGCAGACAUUGUGAACAAAGAACUCAAUGCUUCCGGAUAUCUACACGGAUGGAUAAACUGCUUUCCCCCAGAGGUAGAAGCUCAUCAGGCGACAAUCACAUACAGCGGACCGAAAGAUAUUUUCGCAAAGCAGGAGCACAUUUGUCAUGUCUUUGGCAAGGCGUUGUGGAUAUCAGAUGACCACCGGAAGAUUUGCAUGCUGGAAAAUGCUUCUAUUUUUGGAUUUGCAGGACUUUGUGCGGCCUAUUUCCAAUCCAUUGCCUUGGCUGGAGCCGCUGGAGUCGAUGUGGUUGAUUUUACACAACUAGCACUAAUGCCCCACCUUAAACUGUUUGAAAAUCUGUUGCCACAGAUGGCCAAACGCGACCAAGACCAGGACCACGUCGUGACUAGUGACUCUGUAUCUGUCGGCGCAUUGCGGGAGGUGGUUGCCAGUGCGUGUGAGGCAGCCGAGGUCUCUGGUGUGUCUGCCCACUUGUUCAAGGAACUUCAUGUUCUUUUAAGGCAGGCAGCAGAGUCAGGAAAAGGGCCUGAUGAUAUGUCUGCUGUUAUUCCGAUGCUAAGAAGAGGUGGAAAUCCAUAG